CUGUCGUUGUAAUGUGUGGACAGAACCGAGGGGGGCGGUGAAGAGCCGCGAGUCCUGAGGGCUGCCGGGAAUUUAAACCGCAGAAGAAGAAGCUCGGCUCGCCCCACGUGAGAGAUCAGCAUGGCUCCAGGAGGGAAGAUAAACAGACCGAAAACUGAACUGGGUAGGAAUCUUUUCAAGCGGCGGCGAGUUCUGAGCAAAGAGAAGAGGAAGAGACGUCAGAUAGUCGGAGCUGUAGUGGAUCAGGGUCUCAUCACCGUCCAUCACCUGAAGAAGAGAAAGUCGAGCCCGAGAGCGAACAUCACUCUGUCUGGGAAGAAGAAACGAAAGCUGCUCAAACAGCUGCAGCACAUGCAGCAGGAGAAGGCCGGUACGGAAGUGGAAGCGGCAGCAGUACCACCGAAGAAGAAACAGGACCCAUCAUCUGCUCCAACCAAGAAGAAGAAGAACAACAAGAGACCAGCUGGAUCCCAGGAGGACGUAGAGAUGGCAGACAUCGAAUAAAGGGACGACAGAAUCACCCGCCGUCUCUCGGAGGAGCGUCCCGCCUUUCAGCUGAACGGGCGAGUUUGUCUUUGAACUGAACUCUGAAAUGUGAUCGAGUGUUUUCUCUGAACCAGCGUGAAGUUGAAUCAGUUUGUACGCAGAGGGACGUUAAUCUGUCUGCACCCGUUUGAGUCAGGCAAGGUGUGUUUUUAUGAAAAGAUGCCGGAAGGGUACGAAGGUUCAGAGACACGGGAAGCUACGGAAGACCAGUAACGCCAGGAAAAGUGAAGAUGCUCAGCAAGUCAAAAUGAUCAGUUAGGACGUCAAAAUGCCACUACGAUUAUUAGAUUUACUAAGUUAAACUUGUGAUACAGUGAGUCAAAAUUGUUACUUAUCUCAUAGAUUUGAUUUGACUUAUUAAAUCAAGUUAAAAAGACUCAUUUGACUUUCUGCUUAGUCAAAAUUAUUACAUUUACUAAGUCAAAACACGUCUUUUUAGGUCAGAAUUAUGAGCUUGGAUCAAUAAUAGCUCGUCAUUUUGACACGAAGACGUGUUGGCUCAACUAUCUCACUUUUUAUUGAAUAAAAAACUCACGUUGAAACGUUUUGACUCAGUAACCAUCUCUCAGUUAUCUGUUAAUGUGGACUAACCAGAGGUGUCUUUAGUUUUGUCGUUUCUUACAUCUUUUCUUUUCCUGGCGGACAGAAAUGAGCUUCCAGAGAUUCGCCGUCAGAAUAAAACCUGACGUGAGAGUCGUCACUCUGCUGUGUUUUCAAAGGCUGUGUUCAUGUCCCGGGUCCUGCAGGACCCGCGGGUCCUUCAGGUUCUUCAGGUCCUGCGGGUUCUUCAGGUCCGUAAAAGAAGAAUAAUGGAGAACUUGGGUAUUUGUACCACAUUCAUCAACUCUGUUUUAUUAAAUAGUUCAUUGCUGGUAACAUUUAA